AUGCUUUCAAAUGAGGGUUUAAAUGAUAUUCUUGAAGACGCCCAAUCGGAACUUGGCGAUGAAGGCUAUUUGCAAGAUGAAGAAAUCAAUCUUAACACCAAUGUGGAUGAAAAUAUUAGAGAAACGUCUACUAGACCACAAACCAAUAAAUCUACAGAUUCAAAAUUACGUGGAAGUAGUACAGCUGCUCGUUUGAUACCAUCCCGACCCCGUCUAUAUGAUUUCAGUGCUACUAAUCUUAAACGUGAUCUAGCGAUAGAACGUAUUAUUGAGUCACGUAAAGCAACUAUCAUUGAAAAUGAGUAUACCGUGUUAGCACAAACAACAUCACAAGGUCGUCGACAAUCGCCUCAUGCUCGUAUGAACUCAGUAAAACUACAUACAAUAACAAAUCCAACCGAAGCCGAAGCCGAAGCUAAUACAAAUGAUCCCAAAGAUCGAACAACUUCUCGGCAGAGUAAAAACACAUUAUCAACACCUGCAGUUCAACUUGAUAAUGACAAAUGGGACGAUGGAUUAAAUACUGACUUUGAUAGAGAAAGUAUUGCAUCGAUAGAUAAAUCAAGUUUACAGAUCUACGAAGAAACAUGUAAACGAUUAAAUAUUUGUCCGUGUUCAAUGGUUAUACGAUCUUUACAUACAACAAAAAUUAAUUUAGAAAAUUAUGGUCUUGGACCAAAAGGAUCAGCAGCUUUAGCCGUAGCUCUUGUUCGUAACACAUUUGUUACCACACUUAAUCUAUCCGGAAACGAUAUUGGUAAUAAUGGCAUGUCGCAUAUCUAUCAAAUUCUUCAGGAAAAUUCUUAUAUUGAGGAAUAUAAUUUAUCUUACAACAAUCUUGGUACAAAAGGUAUUCGUAAAUUAGCAAAAGUUAGUGCUGCCAACGUUAGUUUAAGAAGUUUGAAUAUCGCCGGUAAUGGACUAACAGCGAAUGAUAUUAAUAUAUUUCUAUCGAAAAUCGAGGAUCAUCCGAACCUUAAAGAUCUGAAUUUAAGCCAUAAUAUAUUAGGCGAAGACGGUGGAAAAUAUGUUGCUAAAUGGCUACGCGACAAUAAUAUUUUACUCAACCUUGAUAUUAGUUGGUGUAGUAUUCGUUUAUCGGGCACUCUCGCUAUAGCUGAAGCAAUUGGCGACAAUAAUAAACUACUUUCACUUGAUUUAUCAAAUAAUAGUUUUGGAAAUGAUUCAUUAGAUAAACUAACAAGUUCAUUAUCACGAAAUAUGAUAUUAAAUUUUUUGAAUUUAUCUGAGAAUCAAAUAUCUAGUCGAUAUACUACACAAAUAAAAGAAGAUCCAUCGAUUUUACUUGUCGGAAGCGAAUCUUCAGUUUACAAAUUACUUGUUGCUGUUGCAACGAGUCAAGCAUUGAAACAAUUUCAAAUCGGAAAAAAUCAUCUCGAUGCACGUUGUGCUAUGAUUAUGCUUGAAUCAUUGGGAAAAAUUGAAAAUAUUAUAUUAGAAGAACUUGAUUUAACUGGUUUAACGUUAACGUUAAAACAAAUGGCUGAUAUCCACGGAUUUUUUGCCAAUCAUCCAAAAUUUACGUGCUACGUUGGACCAGUAAGGCAAACCGUAGAACAAUUUGCAAAUAAUUUAGUUAAUACAAUUCAUAAAUAUUGCCAUGAACAUCAAAUGAAUGUAGCAAAAUUAUUCAUUGAAGAUGAAGAAAUGAUUACAAUAAGUACAACAAUUACUUAUGAUGAAUUUCGAGAUGGAUUAAGAAAAGCAAAAAUACCGUUUCCAGUUGCUCAAAUGGAGAAUAUGAUGAAGUAUUUGGGAGGAGAGUAUGAGGAUGGUGCAAUACCACUCAGUUCACUUGAAGUUGAUUCAAGAAAAAUGAUGUUUUGA